UUGCAGCAGCCGCCGCCAGUGUCCAUCUGACUGUGUCGCGAGGAGUAGUGUGCUCGCCCAUCGCCUCCACAGCCCCACCGCCAACACUGAACACGUGUAGCGAGAUCAAUUCGUGGAGGAAAAAGUGUUUAGCGUAAAACUCUGAAAACACAAACCUUUGACUGUGUGUUACGAGGUGUGGGAGGUCACAGGCAGCUGAGUACCGUGUAGAAACGACGUGUAUUUCCAAUUUUUACCUUGGAUUUUACCUGAUAGCGAAGAACGACCGACAGACUUCAUUCGUGGAUUACACUACUACUAUAUCACGCUGUCCUGCCCGGGGCCGCUGCUGACAUACUUUUUUUUCUCCAUGAUAUGUGAGGGGAGGCGGGCAGGAUGGUAAAAUGGGCCCAGGGGGAGCGUCGCCCCCUCCCUGGCGCCCCCCGCCCCCCGAAGCGGCGCCCGGUGGAGGCCCUGUUGGCCCUCGUGCUGCUCCUGCUGGUGGCCGCCGCUCUGCCCUGCGCCACCGCCGACCCUGCCCCGCGCCCAGGACAAGGGGAGGGCAGCGAGGAGGAGGGGGACGGGCCGCUCACGGGGGUGGAGGACAACUCCCCACCCAUUAUCCUGGAGGACCCGCAGGACGCAUAUGUGAUCAAGAACAAGCCAGCCACCCUCACCUGCCGCGCCGCCCACGCCCUCAAAGUGAAUUUUAAGUGUAAUGGUGGACCCCCCGCGCCGGAGUCCCAGACAGAGACCUCCUUCGUGGACCCCAUGACGGGCGUGCGCGUGGUGGAGGUACAGAUGGAGGUGGAGCGCAGCGUAGUGGAAGGCGUGCAGGACUUCGACGAGACGGGCUACGGCUGCCACUGCGUCGCCUGGAGUUCCCGCGGCCUCACGCCGAGCAAGACGGCCAAGGUCGCUACCGCAUGUAAGUACUGACUCAUUGGUUUGGCAGUAAUAGGAGACAGGACACGGGCUAAACAACAACAAUAACCAUAACCUUAAAAACUACUUGGGGUUGUGAUGGAGAGGACGGGUGUUGUUUUGAAUUCUUGCUCUGAAUCUUAUGUUCUGUGUAUGAGAGCAUUUUUUUCAAGAAGAGGCAGAUCAAUUACUAACAACAAGUGCUCGAGAUUAUGAUAGAGAAGGGGCGUUGCGUGGUAUCCUUGUCCUCUAGCUGUAUCUUCAUGUGCAAGUUUUUUUUCUUCUUUUUUUUAGAACAGCGGCACACCAAAGACUAAGCGAAAUAUGACAUGCCUGCAACGUGAAACUCCAACAUGGAAAACGAGUAAAAGAAAUAUCAAAUACCUACUUGUCUGUGUUUCUCUCUCUUCAUCUAUCUGUCUAUCUACAACUGUCUAUCUAUCUUCACAUACUUGGCACAAACUUCAUUAUCUCACCACUAUUAAUACAACAAGAAACGCAAUAAAACUUCGGAUUAGAAAUUUAUGGGAAUCAAAGCAACUAAUCUAUUAACAAUUCUCUC